AUGAACAUGAAAAAUGUAUCUGGAGGCGUUACGAGCUUGCGAUCCGUCGAAUCGCACACCCGCGAAACAGUCACUACUCUCAUCGGAUACAUGAUCGCUCAAGGCAAAACCGACUAUCUCGGAGAACGCGUCACCCAACUCGAACACUCUCUCCAAUGCGCCCAUCUCGCACGCAAGGAUCCCGUAUACGGCCAAGACGACGAAGUAGUCAUUGCCGCCCUUCUUCACGAUGUGGGACGGUUCAUUCCAGCGGCCGAGAAGAUGGGGAAGAUGUACGCGGCAGACGGCGAAUAUCUUGGGCGAUUAAGUCAUGAGAUUCUUGGAGAGCAUUAUUUGCGCACGCUCGGUUUCAGUGAUAAAGUGGCUGGAUUAGUUGGCGCCCAUGUCAUGGCUAAGCGGUAUUUAACUGCUACCGAUAAGGAUUAUUAUGAUGGAUUGAGUGAGACGAGUAAGAGGACUCUGAAUUAUCAGGGAGGCAUUUUCAACGAGUCCCAGGUCAAGGAAGCGCAAAAGGACCCGUUGCUUGAAGCAAAGCUUGCUGUUAGACGGUGGGACGACCUCGCCAAGGUGCCGAACAUCGAGGUGCCUGAUUUGUUGGAAUAUGAAGAAACAAUUUAUCACUGCUUAUUAGAAUCACGAACAAAAUUCACUCUGCACUCUAGACAAUACAACCUGCCUAUUCAGCCGACAGUAGUCAUCUGCAUUGACGGAUUCGACCCGGAAUAUCUCGAAUCAGGGAUCCAAUCAGGCACUCUACCAACAUUCAAGUUGUUCGUUGAAAACGGUUUCCAUGCAACGGCGAAAAGUUGUAUGCCAUCAUUCACCAAUCCCAACAACGUGUCGAUUAUCACUGGUGUGCCACCGUCUGUCCACGGGAUUGCCGGCAACUUCUUCCUUGACAGAGAGACGGGCAAAGAAACAAUGAUCACAGACGACACCCUUCUGAGAGGUUCAACCAUUCUCGAACAAAUGUCCUGUCAUGGUAUGAGGGUGGCUGCGGUCACAGCUAAGGAUAAACUCCGCAAGAUAUUAGCCCACGGACUCAAAGACGCAAUCUGUUUCUCUGCGGAACGUGCUGGCGAAUGCACCAUUGAGGAGAAUGGAAUCGAAAACGUUGAAAAAUGGAUUGGUCGCGCAGCGCCGAGUCAAUACUCCGGGGACUUGUCUUUGUUUGUGCUCGAUGCUGGAAUCAAGCUCUUGGAAGAAGGCAAAUCCGACUUCCUAUACCUUACUCUGUCUGAUUACGUCCAGCACAAAUAUCCACCAGGAAGCAAAGAAGCCGACGAGUUCAUGGCUGCGAUCGAUGCACGAUUGCAAACAUUGGCUUCCUUGACUCCUGUCAUCGGUAUUACAGGUGAUCACGGCAUGAGCCAAAAGUCAAAUGCACAAGGUGAACCCAAUGUUCUUUUCCUUGAGGACAAACUAUACGAAGCAUUCGGAACUGGAUCAGCUCGUGUGAUAUGCCCCAUCACGGAUCCAUUCGUUCGUCACCAUGGUGCUUUGGGAUCGUUUGUUCGAGUAUAUCUCAAAGACUUGGCGAAUCUUGAUUCUGUAUUGGCAUAUUGCGAAUCGCUUCCCGAGGUUGAAGUUGCAGUAAGCGGGAAAGAGGCGGCAGAGAAAUAUGAGAUGCCACUGGAUCGUGAAGGGGAUAUCGUCGUCAUAUCGAAGCCUGAUGCGGUAAUCGGCUCACGAAAGUCCGAACAUGAUCUGUCUAAAGUGAAAGACCAUCCUCUCCGCUCACAUGGUGGGUUGAGUGAGCAGGCAAUCCCUAUCAUCAUGAGCAAACGAAUCAAUGAUACAGCUAAAGGAGUUGCUGCAGCAAUCCAAUGGAGGAAUUAUGACAUUUUCGAUCUCGUGCUGAACUGGUCGAGAUAA